AUGGGACAAGCAGUACAAUUUAAUCGAAAGCGUCGACGCUUUGUGACAGUAAAACACAAUGGUUAUUACAUUCCAUUAUUACGAACGAUUCAAAUGAUGUUCGCGAUGCCAAAUAUUCGACAAGCACAUACGAAUCAGUCGGUAUCACCUGACAAUGUAAUGCGGGAUUUUAUUGAUGGUGCAUUUUCGAAGCGACAUGAAUUUUUCAAAGAUCCAUCAAAAUUAAAAGUUGUUCUCUACGAAGAUGGAAUUGUAGUUAGAAAUCCAUUACAAAAAAAAAGCCGUGUAUUAUCAUUAUUUGUUGUGUGA